AUGAUAGAAAAAGCGCAACAAAGUGCAACUUAUGGAAAAACUCCAAAUAAGAAAAUCAGUCUUGAAAACAAAGAGGAAAUCCAGUAUCCGAUGAAUCAUGACGAACUGAUUAAGCCACAAUUUGAUGCCCAGUCGGCCGUGACGCUCACUCUCGAGCCUCUAGAGCGACAAAGGAGAGAUGACGCGAAUGCGGCGGGUGCCAAUGCCAGCGGGACAUCAGUGCCAGGCCAGGUUACACAAGAUGCCAGUUUGAAGGAAGCAGAGCAACAAAGAGGUUUCUGCUCCAGCGACUCGGUUGUGGAGACAGAAUCGGAAGACAAAAGUCGACGAAACUGCCAGCAGAAGGACAAUGAUGAUUAUUACACUGAUGAGAGGAUCGCAGAAUGGGUCCUCAGUGUCAACUCCAGUCUCUUCAAAAGAGGAAAUUAUGAAGAAGAGCAAGCGAAAGAACCUGUGGAAGAGCAAGAUGUAACAACAAUUAAAAUAGUCUAUAGUGGAGAAUGA